AUGCCUGUGCCUAAGAAAGCAGGAAGAAAAAACAGCAGUGCAGCAGAAGAGAAGCUGCCGCCUCCAUAUGAGCCAAAUGUCCCUGAACCCACCACCAGGGCUGACUUCAUGAAAUAUUGGCUCCCGCUCUCUCUGGAUGAUAAAACUGCACAGAAGCUGUUGUGGAUUUCAGAGGGCGGGUCCAAGGUGGCCCGCACGUCUGAUGACGUCUGCCCGUAUCCCAACAGGCCUGAGAGAUAUGAACACUCACCACAGGUGCUGUGUAAGGAGAGUCUGAUGGGCUAUCGAGGGUACUGGGAGGUGGACUACGACGGCUGGGUGGUGAUCGGGGUGGUCUUAGAGAGCGCUCCUCGGAAGAGCCAGGACGCCCGAGGAGCCUGCGGCAUUGGGGAGAACAACAGCUCCUGGGGCGCCGGCUGGUCUGGUUCCUGCUUCCAGGUCUGGCACAACAGCGACAACGUGGACGUCCAGCUCCCCAUGGCCUCCGCUAUGGGCGUCUACGUGGACCAGCCCGCCGGCAUCAUAAAGCUCCUCACGGUGGAGGGAGAGGAGGUGCAGCUGAUUCACAAGUUCAAAGCCAACAUUCAGGAGAAGGUUUUCCCCGCGUUCUGGGUUGGCACAAAUUCGUUCUGCCUUCUUCGGAAAAAGGAUCAGUGACGCAGUUAAGAGUCGAGCAUGAAGGUUAAUAGUGUGAAUCUAUGAGGUGUCAGGAGGGAGAUGCAGAUCUUGUGAUGUUUGGGGAACAAAGGUUGUAGUUAUACAGCAGAACUGAAGCACGUUGUGACAUUUGCUUUCUCUGGUUGCAUGAAGAAAGCUUAUUAAUCUCAUAUUGUAAACAAAGAUGGCUACCUAUUUUAUUUACUAUUCUGUAUGUAUUCAUGUAUUUUAUUUAACUUAGUUUUAGGUAUUGUAUGAUUUUGUAAAUCGCAUGUACUGGAGUGCUUAUUUUUUUAAUGCGCUUAAUGUCGUCAAUAAAUUAAACUUAUGUAAUAACUCUGGCAUUGCAUUAUUUUUUGCAUGAUACACUAAAUCAGACAUCGACUCCUUUCCUUCACUUCAGCAGAGUGCUGAGGCCCUCUAGAGGCCUUUAAUAGCAUCGCAUCCUCACACACAAAUACACAAAGACAAGUCUCUUUCUCUUGCUCCUUUUAUUUGAAACAGAAAAGUACUUAACGGAACAUUUAUUUGUUUCGAAAAUGUCAGAGAUGGACCUUUUUGUUUCUUUAAAAUCAACCCAUCACUCUCUCUCUCUCAUACAGUAACUUUCUCAUUCAGUCAUUUUAA